GCAGCUUGAAAGUACCCGGCGAAGUGGAUGGUUUCACGCCGCACAUAUGGCAAACCACCGGGCCGCGGCCUAUCACGACGGCGGAGGGAAACGACAUAGCUUCAUGGCGAGCAAAACACCCCUUCUUCUCCUUCACAUUGAUGACGGACGAGCAAGGAGACAGCUUCGUGCGUGAACAUUAUUCGCACAGGCCCGACAUUGUGGACCUUUUCCUGCGGCUCCCAAUCCCAAUUGUCAAAGCCGACCUAUUCCGCUACCUAGUGCUUGUCGCAAAGGGCGGCAUCUAUGCCGACAUCGACGUCUCUUGCGAGCAGCCCAUAUCAACAUGGGUGCCGCAAGAACUCGUCGGAUCAACCAGCCUGAUCAUCGGACUCGAGUUUGACUUCGAAUUCCGGGGCGAAGGUGUCGAAGUGGCAUCUCAAUUUACGAAUUGGGUCAUUGCCUCGAAGCCUGGAAACAAACAUCUCAGUCGUGUCAUCGACAAUGCCGUUGCGAUAAUAUACGACACAGCGAAAAAACACAAUGUUGACCUUGAACAAUUAAACCUCUGGAUGUUUAAAGAUGUAGUGAACAUCGCUGGCCCGAAGACGAUGACCAUCGGUAUCCUGGAGUCACUCAGUGAAGACCUGAAGCGACUCGUCGACGAUCGUAUGAUUUCCAGUACCAAGGAGCCGCGUCUCGUUGGCGAUGUGCUGAUCAUGCCCAACAACGCCUUCGCAGCCAUGCAAGCCGGAUUUCCAACAGAUCGAGGUCCCGUGCUUGUUACACACCACUACGCGGGAACUUGGAAGGAGUCAGCAGAUGCAGCAAAAGCCGAGAAGCAGAAGAUGGAAGGGCAGUAAUGGAGAAUAACAUACCAGCUUAGCGAUGAGACUAGCUCGGCAGAAAGCACGUAUGCACAUGUAGCAUUCUUACAUCAGUAAGUCAACGCUCCUGUAGCUCGAUUCUACGCUAGAAUCCAGUCAAUAUGCAUCUACAUGGUUGGUGUCGGUGCCAAUGUGAAGAGCAAGUGAGUGGACCUACGGUUGGGUGUCGUGGUAAUGAGCAAGGCGAAUAUUAUGCAUCGCGGCGUGCACGAGUGGGUUAUUGGGAAGCUGGAGAGGGGGCGCGUUUUGGC